AUUUCUGGGUCUCUUCCACAAUGUCUCAAUGACCAGUGUAAACAGGCUCUUAGCAGGAUAUGCUUUUGUAGCUGUAUGUAUUCUGGGUGGGGCGUUUUCCUCCUACUUUCGCUGCUCGGUCCUCCUGAUCUUUCCCAGCAUGCUCGGCUCUCGUGGCAGGGCGUACCUCAUGCUGUUUGUCCUCUACGGCCUGUAUAGAGGCCCAAUCGCUAACAUCCACCGUAAUGUCCAGGAUGUGGCCUUCUCUAUGGGGUGCAACAUCGAGCUCCAGAUCAAACACAGCAAGGUCAUGUGGAGGGUGGGGAUGGAGCCCUUCAUGCAGGUGGUGCAGGGUAUUGUGGAGGAUAAUGGGGAGUUCCAGGACGAGGCUAAGAGUGUGAGCAGGAAGUUUCAGAGCAUCAGGGAUGAGGUCAUGGGGCAGUAUGGCUAUGACUCCAUGGAACAGGGCCCUGUUGCUGCUGGCAACAGCACCCAGGAUUUGUAUGCAGCAAAGACGAUGAUGCGAUGUGACAAUGUGGUGGAGCAGGGGAUAGAGCGCUGUCGGGAGUGGUUUGAGGUCAAGUGGCAGGACUGCAUGGAUGCCAUCAAAGCCCCAGUCAUCAACCACAUCCUGUGUGUGUCUAUGAGAUUCCACUUCCUCUGUGACAUCAUGAGAGUCAUGAAGCCCUGGUGCAGGGAGGAUAUCCCAGUGGAAGGGAACUUUGGGCAAACAUUCGACAAGCUCAACUUCUCCAUUGACGCACUGUCCAGAGAAUUCAGCACUAACGUGGUGCUGCAGGAGGAGGAGCAGCAGUCUGUGUUUGGUGUGUCAGCCCUACAGGAUUUCACAGAGGGUCUGAGUAAAGCCUUCGAGGAGACCAAGGUCAUUCUGGACCAGUUUCUGGGCCUCAUCCAGCUCCUCCUCUCCUGCACCUUCAUCACCAUCUUCACCUCGGCGUUUGGAUAUGCGAGGCAGUAUACACAAGACAUUCGCUUUGACAACAUCUACAUCACCACCUACUUCAGACAGAUUGAUGCCAGGAGAAAGAGAGCAGUAAGCAAACAAAAGAUAACGGAGGCGAGCGACAAACGUUAUCUGUUACCUUUGAAGAAAGCUGAGCGAGGCCUUUUCAUCAACCCUUGCAGCCUGUCCAUACAUCCCAGUGAGCUUAAAUUAGUGAUGGCGGGCCUGCUGCAGGUAGUCUCUCUGGCUGUGUUUGUCUGUGUGCUACUGGCUGUCGACAUGGUCCUCCACCACAUCUUUGACAUCAUCCGCAGACACACUUUCACAGAGUUCUCCCUCACCAGUAGCCACCACAUAGACAUCAACGUGGGAGGACAGUCCAUGAUGGCCAAGCUCCUGAGGAAGACUAUCGGGGCCUUCAACACCUCCUCUAACCUGGAUAUGCAGUCUAGUAACCAGCACUGUCUUCCCCAGCCGAGGGCUCUCACUAUAGAGGACUACCUGUGGAGUUUCGUGCCCCUCUUGAUGAUGGCGCUGAUGUGCUGCCUGCAGGUGUACAGCAACCGCCUGCGCAGGGUCAUCGCUGCCUUCUACUUCCCCAAGCGGGAGAAGAGGCGCGCUCUGUUCCUUUAUAACCUGCAGAUCCAGAGGCGCAUCUCAUACACCAAAAGGCAACGGACACGACUCAUGCAGCUAGGAACAGGAGAGAAAACAGUGUUGUUUGGUGUGUUGUCUAGACUGGAGAGGCUGGGCUGCAGGCUGCGGUGGUGCUGUGUGUGUGGGGAGAGGCAGAGGGGUGACCGGGCCAUGGAGUGCACAGUCCCAGGCUGCCAGGCGGCCUACUGUCCCCAGUGCUGGAGGGACCUGGGCAGGAUCUGUUACGCCUGUGUCCCCACUAGUAACUGGGAUCCAGUAGAAAGCUGUUCAGAUACAGACAUGUACUAUGUCCAUUAGGGCGACCACCUAAAUCACAUGCAGACACAGUAAAGAUAUUUAGCAUAUUAGCCCAUUACAGGUUUUGG